GAACGAAGUAUGAAAUUCUGUGGUGGUUUAGGACCGAGAUGUGAAUCAGUGUGUUUUUAUUUUUAUUAAUAUUUUGUAUAGCUUACAAAAUUAUACGUGCAUAAACCUAUAUUAACCUUACUUGUUUACCCUUUUUAUAUAUAUAUUAAGAGCAACGUUAAAGUUUAUGUUAAGUAUAAUUAUUAAUUAAAAGUACUCACGGGAGUACUGUGUGAUUGUUGAUAUCUUUAAGUGUGUGUUAAAUAGAACGAAAAACCAGUGAAUUUGAAGAAAAAUGGGAGAUAAAGAGGAUUAUUUGACAUCAUACCGAUUGUUUUUCGAGAAUUUUGCUGCAAAUGUAAAUCCAGAGGACCAGUUACCUGUAUUUGCUUCUGACUACUCCAUCACGGAGGCAGAAUUGCCUGGCGAUGUUAUUUACUGGACCAUCGAGUAUCUUCGAGAGAAAUCAUGUCCGGCAACACUAAUGACUCCGCUUUUGCGGAUAAUACUAGACGAGGUGCGAAUUGCAGCGAAAAAAUAUCCAAAUGACUUUGGUUAUAAUGCUGAUAAGUCAGCAUACAAAGCGAUAUCACUGAUGCAGGCAGUGAUAGCUAGAGUGAACGCAGUAUGUAUGAGGUAUCUGGACAAUUCUCGGUUGGACACUCUCCCUCCGCCACCACGGACUCAAAAGGAGUUUCUGACAGUUUCCGCUGCCUUGCGGAACUCACGACGCGUUAUGGAGGAUCGACACGUUGAAAUUGGGAACUUGGAAGCGUUGUUUGAUAUUGAGACAACGGAACACACAAGUUUCUAUGCAGUAUAUGACGGGCACGCGGGUUCGUCCGCGGCGCAGUACUGUGCGGCGCAUUUGCACCAAUAUUUGGUGGAGAGUCCGAACUUCAAGAAAAACUUACGAGAUGCAAUACGAGACGCCUUUUUGAAGACCGACACGGAAUUUAUUAACAAGAGCAAAGUUGAGCACCGCGUAGUGGGAGGCAGUACAGCAGUUGUGAUUUGUAUUCGUGGAAAGCGGCUUUUGGUGGCAUGGGCUGGCGACUCACUCGCUCUAGUUGCACAGCGUAUGCGUGUUAUGCAACUGGUACAUCCACAUAAACCAAGCAGAGAGGACGAGAGAAAACGAAUAGAGGCGUCCGGUGGGACCGUGAUGUAUUGGGGCACGUGGCGAGUGAACGGUCAACUUGCCGUCUCAAGGGCGAUUGGUGACGCACAAUACAAGCCAUACGUGAUUGCUCAUCCAGAACAGGCUGCGUUAGACCUGGAUGGAGAUGAAGACUUCCUUGUGAUAGCCUGUGAUGGCCUCUGGGACGUGGUCAGCGAGGAUGAGGUGGCGUUGGCUGUGUACCGGCAGAUCACUGCUGAUCCAAAUGAUUUGAAAGCAGUGACAAAGCGUCUGAUACUUCAAGCGAAGAGGGAAGGCUCGGAGGACAAUAUCUCCAUAAUCGUAGUCUUCCUGAAGGACCCCCGAGAUAUUGCCGCCCAGAACUGCCCGCCCAUGGAGCUUGGGCUGGACAACGCGGUGGUGAGCCCACCACUGCGCCCGUUCGAUGUCGACGAUAAAGUCAAUACAGUGGCUGAGGCCGCUGGUGGCGAAGACAACGGCGUCUCAGACAGCGACAGCGAGGAUUUAGGACCCGAAACGGCAGUCGAUGUGGACGCGGAUGAUGGAGAUGUAGAGAUGAGAAAUCCAGCACCACCCACUCCGCCUGCACAUGAUGUGGAGACGAGCCAAACCGACGGCAAUCUGGUGGAUAAUGUAGCUGAGAGUGGUGAAGACUCUGAGGACGAGUGGAAUUACUUCAAAGGCGAAGGUGAGCGGAAUCCUAGUGAAGAAGCAGACGAGGCACCCCGAUCAGAGACUCCUUGUCAAGACAAUUCAGCGUGGGAGAGUAGUUCUGUAGACAUGAAUAGUUCACCAUUAAACCCCGAUGCUCCGGUGUUUGUCCCGGGUGGAGUGGCUGGUUCUGAUGUCUUGCUGGCUGAGUCUCCACGUAAGCCUUUACCGAUGGAGGACAUUAUAGUUCCUGAUGUCAAGCAGUUUGAGACGGAAGCCGGUGGAAGACCAGCAGAGUUGCAAGACUUGGAUAAUUGCGAUCAGUUGAAUGGUCACCAUAAUAUUUCAAUUGAAGGCGUUACUGCACAUCUAAAUGGGAAUACAAAAUGUGAUAUGGACAGUUUUGAAUUUAACGGACUUGAGUCUGAAAAAAUAAAGGAUUCAAGUCUUAUCCAAGAUUUUGAACGGAUUCAAAAGGAUACUACAGACUUCUGUAAUAUACAAGUAUUUCAAACACAGAGUGAAACCAAUCCUUUCAGCAUAGAAGGCAAUAAUGAUCUUUUUGAAAGGCUUAAAAAUAAGGAAAGAGAUCCCAUGAGCAUGAGCUUUUACCAGGAGAAGGAUGAUGACACAUGUGAAAGAUUCUCCAAACUGGAAUCGCAAGUCGACCUUAAUUCAGUACAACCACUACCAGAUAGUGAUGAUGAAGACACAGAACCGAAUGGAGAUUGUCAACAUGUUGUAGAAGAUAAAGAAAAUAUUCAUCCAGAAGAACACAACAAUUUAUUUUCACUCAUAAACAAUGACAUGGAACCGAACAAUGAUAUAUUAAGAUUUGAUGAUAGAAAUGAUAUUACAGAAAACAAUCUUGUUGAUGAAAAUGUAGAAUGCAAUGUUGAAUGUAACAAUAUGCAAAACUAUUCCAAUGUUGAUUUUGAAUGUAGAAAUCUGGAGAAUGUCAUUCCAACUGAUACGCCUGAAUCUCACAAAUUACUUUUUGAACAAAUACCUGAAAUUCCUGAUGGUAAAAGUUCAGAAUUAGGUUUCAGUAAUGAUGAUAUGUUAGAUCCAUCUGAAAGUGAAAAAGAUAAUAUAACCCCACAAGAUUUGUUUCAAGAUGAUGAAAUGGAAAUGAACCAGGAAGAUAGUGAAAUCCAAAAUGAUAUACCAUUCGAAGUCAAUGAACAUAUGCAAACAUUCAUUGAGCAUUCAGCAGAUAUAAUUGAAAAAGAAAGUGAAUUUGUUUCAGAAUUAGAAUCUGAUAAGCUUACACCAGAACCAACAGAGACAUCAAAAUUCAAUGGAUUAGACUCGGAAGGAAUUGAAAACAAUAUAAUUGUAGAUGUCCACCAAUCUGAAAAAGAUGUGGAUGAGUUUGAGACUGAAAAAAAACAAUAUGAUAGUAAUGAUUUAGUUGAUAAUGAAGAGGCAAUUUUGGGUACCCCAAAAAUCACUCUCGAUAGUGGUGAAAUUCCAAUGUAUGAUACAUUAACGUCAAAAACUCCUGAGCUCGUAGAUUCUGUAACACAAUCGCCCCUUCCAGAGUUAGAUCAAAAUCUAACACAAAAGGAAGAUUCGUUACCACGACAGUCGCCGUUGUUAGACGAUGUACUUUCCAAGUCGCCUGAACCUUCUGAAGCAGUCUCUGAUGGCCUUAUGUUUGGUGAUUCAUCUGCUAUGGCGCAAUCCCCUCUACCUUCACAAUCACCUCUCGUUCCCGAGGAAAUAAAUUCGCCCAUUCCACCCCAGGAUAUACCGUUAGUUCCUGCAGAAGUACCAUUACCAAGAGAGUCACCACUUCCUUCUGAAUCGUCACUUAUGGAUGAGCUUGAACACCGAUCACCUCUUCCAGUUGAAAACUCAAUUCUCCAACCACUAGAAGAGAUUCAAAAAGAUCUGCCCCUAGAAACCAGUGCUCUAGAAAGUGAGUUUUCACUCCCGGGUCCUAUUAAGACUCCUGAACAACUCACGGAUACAGUUUCAAAGGAAUCAUUUCCUAUUGAGUCUCCUCUCCCUGUUAACGAAAUUGAAGACACCCUUACAAUGAAUGAAAAUAUUACACCUAGGCAUUCACCUUUCCCAGUUAAUGAUUUUGUUCCAAGGGAGUCUCCGUUGCCAACACAAAAGGAAACUUUAGACAACAUGUUUACAAGAGAAUCACCUGUUCCUGUACAGGAAUCCGUAGUAGCAGAAUCACCCAUUCCUGAACAGGAAUCAAUGGUAUCAGAAUCAUCCAUUCCUGUACCGGAAACAAUAGUGAGAGAAUCCCCUGCUCCUUUACAAGAAUUGGAAGCUAGAGAAUCACCUGUUCCUUUACAAGAAUUGGAAGCAAGAGAAUCAUCUGUUCCUUUACAAGAAUUAGAAGCAACAGAAUCACCCAUUCUUUUACAAGAAUCCAUAGCAAGAGAAUCACCUGUUCCGCUACAGCAGGAAUCCGUUGCAAGAGAAUCACCCAUUCUUUUGCGAGAAUCGGAAGCAAGAGAGUCUCCCAUUCCGGAACAGCAGCCUCCUGUAAAAUCACCUCUACCAGACAUAAGUGAUUCAAAACCGCAAGAUGUGCCCAUGGAGGCUCCGGUAUUACCAAAUGAUGUGGUACAAAAUGAUUUACUCGUAGAAAGUUGCGUCGCGGUCACCAGCGCGAUUCCGAACAAUGAUGAGCAAAUUCGACCUGCCACGACUCCGCCGCCCACGCCAGCAAUCCUGAUGGACCAGACUCAGAGCGAUGCACCGACCGCGACAUCAAUCGACCCGUUAUCGGCUACUGCAUUAGCCGGCGCCGUCGCUGCCGCUGCAGCCACCGCUGCCGUAACUUCGUCUAAAACCGCUGUCAAAAAACCUUCUCUCACCCCCACCGCUCGGCCGAAAGCUGCUGCCAAAACUCCCGCUAAGUCGCCCGCUUCGGCGACAAAGCGACCGACUUCGUCCACGACUCCACGAGCGACGGCGCCAAAGGUGCCCACCCCCGCCCCCGCCAAACCUUCCCCGAAGCCCUCUUCCCCGACGAAAGCCGCCAAACCGCUGGCCCCGGCUGCCACUAAGGCCGCACCUCGACUUCCUGCGGCUCGACCGGCGACUAAGGCGCCCGCGCCUAAACCGCCUACCGCUGCCAAAACGACCUCGGCCGCUCCCAAACCCCAGAGUGCGGCUCCCAAACCCCUCAGUGCAGCUCCGAGAGUUCCGGCCGCAAAACCCGCCCCGCGGCCCGCUACGGCUAAACCUGCCGCAACCGCAACGGCUAAACCUGCCGCACCGGCUACUAAACCGCCAGCACCCAUCACCAGACCCGCGCCUAUUUCGGCAAGAACUGUCACCAAGACUACCACUGCAGCAAAAACCACUGUCGCGGUGGCUAAGCCCAAGGCACCCGAGAAAAAGCCGUUGACGAACGGUGAUGUGAAACCAGCGGCCAAACCAGCUCCGAGAGCCGCGCCCGCCGCCCGCCCCGCGCCACGCCCCGCCCCGCGUGUGCCUGCCGCUGCUCCCGCUAAGCCGGCAGCAGCUAAACCAACACGUACAGUUCUCGACAAACAGAGUAAAGAUCUCGCCAACAAACGCAUCACAGCUAAGACUGCUCCACCCAGGACUGCACCCGCUAAGAACACCGUGGCAAGCAAAACAGCAGUGAAGAGCGUACCCAAGAAGGGGCUCGCCAAACCCGAGAUAAUCCCGAACGGAAUAAACGGCACCGAGGAAGUGAGCAAGCCUCCCUCCACCCCGCCCAUGGACAAUGCGCUGUUGCCGGAUGUCAUCGCGUGAAUUUAUUCCUAAUUCCUUAAUCGCUUCAAUUUUGUGAUUUUUCUAUAAGUGUAUAGAUAAGGGCGCGUUAGGUGCGUCACCGAGUGGCGCACGACUUAUUUUAGCGGCUUCACAGUAUGUAUAGUCAAAUAGUCACGCAAGCACGGAGGGAAGCUCGGAUGUCGUCUAUCCCGCUCAUUUCUGAUACGACGUGUAAGGAUGGCGAUAACGAAUGAGUUAUGAAGUACAUUGUGUAACUGCUUGAAGGUAUCGACUGUGCUCAUGUAAAUAUGUAGUCUUUGCAUUAUAAGAAUAAUUGUUUGUUAAAUUUUUUAUUUUGGAUAAUUUUAUGUAACGCUGUUUAGUUUCAGUCCUUGUGAAGUGCGCAAUCCUACAAUGCAAAGACUGCAUCGCGAUACAUUUAUCCAUUACGAAUAGGUUUUAUAUUUCUGACGGACAUUUUUAAUUUAUUUGAAUUAUUUAAUAAAAUCGUAAGGGACUGAAACAUUGUUUUAUUUAUAGACGGUCAUUCGGCAGAGAACGAUUUAUACUAAGCGUACAUUAUUACUUAAAGUGUCAAUGUUUAUUAUCAUGGUGUUAAAAGUACUAAAUAGAGCAUUUUAUUACAAUAAAUGGUUAUAUCACCACAA